CCCAAAUCGCCGAUCCACUCUCUCCACCCGGCCCUCUUCUUCCCGAUCUCGCCUCUGCUCAAGCCGAACUCCCCUUCUUCUUCUUCUUCUUCUUCUUCUUCUUCUCGUCUCUUCUCCGACACGACGCAGAGGCUGGAUCGGACAGCCACGCCACCAAGGGAAAUUGAUCGCCGGCGAGGGUCUUCAAUCGGAGUUUUGAGAGAGAGGGGCUAGCUUCAACUGAGCUUUCUUCUUGCGGACCUGUGCCCUAGAUCGCCGGUAGCCGGAAGCGUGCGUCGACACCACUGUCGUCGAGGACAAGAGUAGAUUCUCUGUGCCCUAGCACUGGUUUCGAUUCCUCCUAUUCUCUGGCUGACGGCGAGGUGCACAAGGUCGCCCUAGCAGCGAUCUUGGAGGUUUCGGUUGAAGAUGAUGGGAUCAAUUGAGUUGUCGGGCAGAAGCUUGAAGGGUUGUUGUGCGAUCUGUGAUUUCCACUGAUUGAUUCCAGUGAGGUUCUGUUCUGUUCUGUGGAGUCUUCGUUUGAUUCCGGCAACUCUACAACAGCAGCUUGAUCAGAGCAGUGAGGUUCUGUUGCUGUGGUAUUGGAAGUGUGAUCUUUGUUUAAUUCCUUCUUGAUCCGAUUGAUUUUAGCAGUGAGGUUCUAUUCUAUUGAGGUUGUUCCUGGUUCUGACAGCCACUCCAUUCAGUAGCUACUUGUUCCUGCAACGGCUGUGAAUGUAGGACUCUGAUUCGAGACAGGCAUCUCGACCUUGGAUUCGCAUGAGAGUACCUUCUAUUUGAGGCAGAAUACAGGAUGACUGAAGUAGUUGUCAACACUGAUCCUGGAAAAAAGAGGCGUUUGCCUUCAUGGAUGGAAAGGUCAAACUCUGUGAAUGAAACAGGCAACUAUUGUGAAACAAAUGGAUCUUCACUAUCAGAAAAGAAACCUGACAUACUGGAUGGUGGUUUUCAAAGAAACUCAAUUGCCAAAACCCAGAAAAAUAAACCAACUGAUGACGUUCUUACUUUAAGUGAACCUGAAACUGUUGAGAGUAACAAAGCUGCACAAAAAAAGACAAAAACAAGUAAAAUAAACGUAGCCAAAGAUAAUUCCUUGUCUAAAUAUGGAACUACUAAAACAAAUACUGAGGAAGAUGUGGGAACUCUAAAAAAAGUGGCUUAUGGGACUGCUACAAAGACUAAAGUUAGAAAAUCUAAAAGGCAAAAAUGUGAUGAAGUUGCUUGCCCUCCAGCGAAUGACAAUGUAAUUGGAAUCACAGUUGACGAUUUGGUGCGCAUUGCAGAAGAGUAUGUAAAUGCUGAUAGGCAGAGACAACUUGAAUGCUUAACUUCAAAGGAGCAAUUGCAGACACAUCCUUCAAUCUCUUCUGUUUCCAGCGUAUGCGGUCCACACCUGGAUUCUGGAUUCAACAAAACCCUAUCCAGAUGCACUGAAAUGCCAACUUCCAAUCAUUCCACUUGCCAUUUGUUCCAGGCAAAGAAUUCUGAAUCUGAAACAUCAGCAGCAAAUGCCCCCCAAACAGGAGAUUCUGCCCAGAAUAUGCUGGAUCUCCUUUUGGGUCCUCUCCUGAAGAAACCUAAAUCUGAAGACUAUGAAGCAGCAACAUUUGCUAAAGAACAUAUUGCCUUCAGCUAUACAACUAUCAAGCCAUCCACCACAAGAAAGGAAAUCUGGAAAAAUGAUGCAGUUCUGACAAAAAAGAAGAGCAGUUUGAGGGAUAAGGUGGCUAUGUUACUUGACUAAGUUCUGUGCUCUACGCAAUCCAAACCUAUGUAAAAAUACAAGAUAUGUAUUGGAGCAACGUAUAAGUAAUUGUAAUUCUAUGGAAUAUUUCUUCCAUGGUAGAAAUGUCUACAGUUUGUAUUUCAGAAAAAUUAAAAUUUAUAAACCCUUGUACA